AUGACAGAUGCUUGUUCUCAGCUUGUGGGUUCCCUUGGUGAUCUUCGCGCUGCUGUUGAUGAAAUUUUCCGACGUUCCAGGAUUACCGUGCCUUCUAUCAGCGUAGCUGAGCUGGACCGCGCAGUGUGUGCUUUAGAUGUUUCACGCGAACAGCUAGAAACUUAUGGGUACCAUCUGGGUAGGCCAAGUUACAGAUCGGCUCGUAAUGAACCUUCUGGGAGCGCUCGCAACAGAGGAGGUAGGCCAACAAAGGUUUCAGAUGCUACCUUGCAGACUUUGGUUGCGAAGGUUUUGGAAAAAUACUUGCAAGACAGUGAGCGCAUUGUUGUGGUUGGGCGCGGUGCACGGCGCAAAAUGGUUCUUGCCCGACAUCUUUCCCAGAAGAGGUUUGUCAUAUACAAAGCCGAGCCCGACAUCAACAACAUGAUGAGCAGCCCAACAUUCAACCGCAUGCUGAAAAAGCAUUUCCCCCACGUAAAGCCACCAAAACGAUUGACUGACGUUUGUGAACACUGCCUGCACCUGCGUCGCAGUCUCCUGCCGCAUGCGAAAAGAAGCUUAGACAAAGCCAGGAAAGACAUAGAGUCGGUGCUGCCAAACUAUUUCCAAACUUUUGACGCGUCUGCCGAAACCGCUGCUGCUUUGCAAGAGGAAGAUUGCUUUGCUUUGCUAUGUCGCUUUGUCGCCUUUGUCGAAAACACGAAUUUCUAUGAAUCCAGGAAUGCUGCCCGCAUGGCUUUGCCUGUCCCUGUGCGCUUGAACCUGCACCAAGAAGAAGCUCGCGUCCUUCACAACCUUAAGUCCCACAUAGAGCUUCUAGAAGCGUACAGAUGGCAUCAAAUUUCAGCCCGAAGACAAGAGAAGUCUUUACAGAAUCUUCGCGAUGGAGGUCUUCCACCGGAAGGAUUGCUUGUGCAAAUAGAUUUUAAGGAGAAUGUGCGGUAUCCUUUAAGUCGCGAAGAAACAGGCGCCGAGUGGCAUGCGCAGAACAAGCUUUCCUUGACUGUUUUUGGAGCUAGCAUCAUUGCCCCACUUCGAACAGGAGGUCACAAAGAAUUCUAUGUUCUGUUGGUUUCAGAAAUUUUGGAUCACGAUGCGCAAGCUGCCAACAUGAUGUUAAAUACAAUCUUGGGGGUCAUCAAGCAGCAUCCGCUAGUCGAUUGGAUGCGAAUUGGCACAAUGUGGCUUGUUUGCGAUUGUGGGCCACACUUCCGUUCCUAUGAAAACGCUGCCCACUUCCUCUACACGCUGGUGAAGACUCUCAAGCUGCAGGUCCAUGUUCUGUAUCUAGGUGAGCAGCAUGGAAAAGGUGCUUGUGACCGCUUGUUUGGCUGGACAAAUGAGUGGCUCACAGUUUACGUCCAACAUUCUCCUGUCCAUGGCCUUCCUAGCCUUGUUGAUGCGUAUUCCAGAGGCGCGGAACGCAUGAUGCGUGAAGACCCAACUGGCCCCAAAUUCCUCAUUAAAACCUUUGACCCUGGAGAGAAACGGCCCUCAUCGCGCAACACUUUCCAAUGCCCUGGCUUCAAGAUAACCCGCACGUACAGCCUCUCUGCAAAGCCCAGUGUGUAUUCUUCGUCUGGCGUUUCCAUUCGGGACAAUGUUUUCAGUGACAUGUCUGCCACGGAGAUCCUGAGUGGCUGGUCCAUUGCUGACUUUGUGACGCCCCUCGAGAAUGAAGUUUGGCGCCGUGGGUACUAUGACAAGCCUCGUGCUUGGGAAUCUGUUGGCCCUCAAGCAGGAAGCAAGGAAGCAAGGAAGCAAGGAAGCAAGGAAGCAAGGAAGCAAGGAAGCAAGGAAGCAAGGAAGCAAGGAAGCAAGGAAGCAAGGAAGCAAGAUAGCAAGGAAGCAAGGAAGCAAGGAAGCAAGGAAGCAAGGAAGCAAGGGAGGAAGGAAGGAAGGAAGGAAGGAAGGAAGGGGAAGGAAGGAAGGAAGGGGAAGGAAGGGGAAGGAAGGGGAAGGAAGGGGAAGGAAGGAAGGGGAAGGAAGGAAGGGGAAGGAAGGAAAAGGAAGGAAGGAAAAGGAAGGAAGGAAAAGGAAGGAAGGAAAAGGAAGGAAGGAAAAGGAAGGAAGGAAAAGGAAGGAAGGAAAAGGAAGGAAGGAAAAGGAAGGAAGGAAAAGGAAGGAAGGAAAAAAGGAAGGAAGGAAAAGGAAGGAAGGAAAAGGAAGGACGGAAAAGGAAGGAAGGAAAAGGAAGGAAGGAAAAGGAAGGAAGGAAAAGGAAGGAAGGAAAAGGAAGGAAGGAAAAGGAAGGAAGGAAAAGGAAGGAAGGAAAAGGAAGGAAGGAAAAGGAAUGGGUUUUUUCGCGAGCUUGCGGGUUCGUAG